UGAGUAAAUUUCGAUCUUGCGAAUUUGGUCACACUACAUGGAUUUUGUUUAUAUUUGUGGAAAGCAGAAAUAAAUGUCUAAUUUGCAAUUAACCCAGGAAAGGCUCGAUGCAUUGCGCUCGGAGUACAAGCCACGCAGGCCAUGCGCAAUGCUCAAAUACCCACGACCGAAAACAAAGCCCGAAUAUCAGUCAAUAUAUCCGUGGAUAAUACUCGAUGAAACUGAUCCGCAUUUUGUAUUCUGCGCCGUUUGCGAAUGUCGCUUGAGCGCCAAACGCUCCGAUCUGGGCAAGCACGAGGGCAGCAUAAAACACUCGGAGAAUGCUCAACGCAAAUCGGUCAAAUCGAAAACUCAGAGCCAGUCGAACGGUGGCAUCAAGUGGGAGUAUAACGAUGAGAGCAACGAUGAGAGCCUUCUGCCAAUGCAGUUUGCCACGGGCAGCGUGCUGUGCAAAACAGAGCCGGACAACGAGGAUGAGGAGGCCGACGGUGAGGAGGAGGGAGAGGAGGAAGACGAGGAUGACGAGGGCACAGCAGGAAAUGAAGAAGCACAACCAGAGGCAAGCGGCGACGGUGAUGCUGAAUAUGAGCCGGCUAGCAAGCGUCGUACUUCGGAAACAGAUUCUCAGCAUUCCGGCCUGUUGGAUUACCUGCCACUGCAGGUGACCAUCAAUGAGAUGCCCCACGGCCAGCUAAUGCCCGCUGCCCAGCCGGCCACAACGACGCCUCAGCCGUGCCGCAUCACAAUUAAGAAGGUGCCCGCAUCGGCACUCACAAAGAUGAACACGAGUGCACCCAUGGGCAACCAUGAGAUUACCUCGAAGGCAACCAUAACGCCCAUUGCCAGUGGCUGCUACAAUUCGUUGCGGCAGCCGCAGCUGCAGUCGUAUGCAUCGCGGCAGAUGCAGUCCUAUCAGCUGCAGCACCUUACCUCAAUCGAGUCGCAGCCGCGCGACUCACUGGAUCUCUUCUUCGACAGCAUUUGCUCGACGGUCAAAGGUCUGCCGCCCAAGCUGGCCACCGAGGGCAAAAUACGCGUGAUGCAGCUAAUUGGGGAGCUGGAGCUGCGUGCGCUGAACGAACGCGAUGCAUUGCCCGCUGGCUCAACAGUUGACCAGGCGGCAACAGGAGCACUGGCGACACCUUCGCUGGACGCACCUGGAGGCAGUCAGCAGAAUGCGACAGUUGCCUCGACCACCAAAUGAGGCGUAUUCAAUGAUCACAGUUCAAAGUUCAUACUCCUCUCUAUCAUUAGCAAGAGAUUCUGUAGCAAAAAUUGUUUAUGCUCGUUCACGUUGCUCUGAAGCGGGUAUAUUGGUUGUGUGCAAUGUCCAUUUGUCUGAAAUUCGGAAAUAUAUAUUCCGUAUUCGUAUAUAGCCUCGCCUAUUCUAGUGUUAAGAUUUCACAGUUUUAGAUCAAUGACUACGAUGUUUUGCGUAGAUCUAUAAACUUUAUGGAAAAUUGUAAAAUAUCUAGUUGAAGUUUAUUUAUUUAAAUGUAUCYAUUUUGGGAUCGUGAACGAGUAUCAGACAGUCGGCAGUAUCCGACUGCAGCACUCUUACAUGUUGACGAGUUUUAGUGUAAGACCUUACUCCAUUCAUGAGCAUUCUAUCUUAUCUCUACGUUAUCGCCUAGAGAUUGAUUAUUAAACAACAACAAAUACAAAGCAAAAACAAAAGAC